AUGGCCCAAGUGCAUCAUCACUCUUCCUUAAUUGAUCAUAAAUUUUGUUCAACUUUAUCUACUGUGUUCACAGUUUGGAAGAAAUCCCUCUUACUAGAUGGCAAAGGAUUCACCGUGUUCAAUUCAUUGGGAAAUCUGGUUUUCAGAGUAGAUAAUUAUGCAUCCAAUGCCAAAAAUGAAGUACUUCUCAUGGAUGAUGCAGGCCAUCUUCUUCUCACAUUGAGGCGUAAGAGAUGGAGUGUUGGGAAAAGAUGGGAAGCAUUCAGAGGAGAUCCUAUGGAGACUGAGAAGCCCAUAUUUAGCCUUACAAGGUCGUUGCGAAUCUCAAACAAAAACAUUGCCAAUGUAUUUGCAAAUGGAAGCAGAAAAACUAAGCUAUGCGAUUACCAGAUUAAAGGCUCGUGCAAGCCAUCGUGCACAAUAUUCAGUGCCUUCGGCGACAUUAUUGCACAGGUUAAAAGAAAGGAAGCCAAAUCAGAUAUAAUGCUGGGGAAUGAUGUUCUAAGCCUGGUGGUCGAAGGGGGAGUGGAUCAAACAUUUAUAAUGGGACUGCUUAUCAUGUUUAAUCAGAUAAGCUGA